AUGCGAUCACCUGACGAACGCGCGAAGUUCGAGCGCGAGUCGCGCCCAACCUUGCCUCACGCCCUCAUCGCGCCACACACCACCCGCCAGUCUGCCGCCGAAUCCACUCUUCCCCGUCACCAACUAAUUCUUGUCUAUGCAUUGAUGGAGAAAGAUGACGCUUUCUGGUUCCCGGACUUAUCUGAUGCCGAGAUCAUGGACGCCCUUGACGCUUGGGGUAUCAGGGUCACGCCGAAGCUACUCGCGAAACCUACGGAGGACUUCACUAAACUUGUAUAUGGAAAAUGUCUAGAGAUGGUCUUUGGAAUAACGUCAGAGAUGUUGGAGGAGGCUGCGGAUACUUCGCUCAUUGGAAUCCAUUCGGAGAACAUGGACUCAUGUAGGGCAGGAGCUGUCAUGAAUUUUAUUGUAUAUCACAUGGCUCGCUUUGCCUCCGCGGCCAAAAUCGCAGACUUCAGUGCGAAAGACGUCGUGGUACCGGACACGAAGCGAACACGGAAUAUCAUAUCUGCAUUUGUUAACUUCGUCAACUUCUACGAGCAGAAUGCCCCCAUUGCGACGGAGUUACAAGAGCGAAGCGGCCAGUUCGUACAAGAGCGUGACCGAAUCAUAUCGGAGGGUGACCGCAUAAGGAGUGAACUGGCAAGCAUAGAGGCGAGAAGAGCACAGGACGAGCCCCAAAUGGAGGUGCUUCGCAUAGAGAAUCAAACUCUCACGGCCAACGUGAAGGUACAACAAGGGUACUUCGACCGUUCACAGGCCGACAUGGACAAGCUCAAAGCGGAGAAGGCCUUGCAUGUCCAAGAGAAGGAGAGCUUGUAUCAGGAUAUGUCACUGGUAUCAGACGCUCUUUCUCGCAUGCGCGCUCGAGUAGUCAAAUCACCAGAGCGCAUCAAGCGUAACAUCGGUCUCAUGGGUAACUCCCAAGCCGAAGAGAGGCGCACACUGGGCAGUAUGGAGGACAAGAUUCGAGAUCUCCAGGCCAAGGCGAAUGCACUCUUGUCCAUCGAGAAGGAUAUUCGAGAUUGCGUAGAGCAGGUUCUCGUGGUUCGCAAGGACAUCCAGACACUUGAUCGCAAUGUGCACGAUCUCGACGAGACCAAAAUGGCGCUCGACGCUCGUCGCAAUGCGCGUACGGAACUUGAGCUUCGGCAAGAGCGCGCUCAACGGCAAUUCGAGUAUGCGGUUGCCAGUCUCGAGAAGGUGCAACGCGACAUCCAGGAACACCGAUCCUCCGGCCAACAACAGAUCGAGCGCCUGCAACGGGAAUACGAGCAAAUGGCCGCUGCUCGUCAUGAGAACGACAAGGAGGUUGACGAGCUCCGACAGAAGGCCGAAGCUGUCGAGAUGAGGGCGGCGGAACAUCUCAAGCAGAGCAACGUGACGUUCAAUCGCCUUCUUGCCGCAUAUAGACAAGUCCGGGCCCAGAACGAGGUAUACAUGGAGACGCUAUCAAACAAGCUGGGGAUCAAGAAGUCGUCGAGAAGAUGA